CAAGCCCACAACAAAUUGAGAUGCGAAUGGUGGGAAAUCGAAAAAACGAGAAUACUAAUACUAGCGUCAUUUUGUAAGAGCAAAAAUAAUGGAACUUGAAAAAACCAGAUGUUCAUCUUGUUUUCUGUCUUUCACCUUGCUGGUUCAAGUCGAAAAGGCAAAUCCAGUCGUUCCCUAACCCUAACUCCUCAACUGUAACAGAGCUGAAGUAGCGAUGGAGAUGGAAUUAGAGCCGAGGGUGAAGCCCCUAUCUUACAAAAUCAAGGGCGUGUCUCGUGAAUCGCCUUCUCAGAAGGCUGUUCACGUCCUCGAUACUGACCUUCGAACCCACUGGUCUACUGGAACCAACACUAAGGAAUGGAUCUUGGUCGAGCUUGACGAACCCUGCCUAUUAUCACAUAUAAGAAUUUACAAUAAAUCAGUUCUUGAAUGGGAAAUUGCAGCUGGCUUGCGUUACAAGCCAGAGGCAUUUGCAAAAGUGCGCCCUCGCUGUGAAGCACCUAGACGUGAUAUGGUAUACCCUAUGAACUACACUCCAUGCCGCUAUGUGCGGAUAUCUUGUUUGCGUGGGAACCCAAUAGCUAUAUUUUUCAUUCAGCUAAUUGGGGUUUCUGUCAGUGGUCUUGAACCUGAAUUUCAACCAGUUGUUAAUCACUUGUUGCCACAUAUUAUCUCACACAAACAAGAUGCUAAUAGUUUGCAUCUUCAGGUACUUCAAGACAUGACGAACCGCUUGCUUGUAUUCCUUCCCCAACUUGAGGCAGACCUAAACACUUUUCCUGAAGCAGCAGAGGCUACCAUGCGUUUUCUUGCAAUGCUUUCUGGCCCAUUUUAUCCAAUUCUUCAGAUAGUUAAUGAAAGGGAAACAGCAAGGUCUUCAGGUAACUUUGUCGACUCAGAUGUUUCUAGGAUUAAUCAGGCAUCUACUUUAAUGGUUUCCUCUAAUUUUGAGUCCCAGCCAAGGAGAUCACGCAGCCCUUCACCUUUCAUCCAACCUGCUUCCUGUUCCAUAGUGUUUCGUUCAGAUGUGGUGUUCAUUCUUCUGAGGAAGGCAUAUAGAGAUUCUCAUCUAGGUACUAUUUGCCGAACGGCCUGUAGAAUUCUACAGAAGCUCAUAGAGCCCGGUACACCACUGCAAGCAUCGGUAUUAUCCAGUGAAUUGACAUCUUCAGUUUUUGAUGAGACACUGAAAAGUGAGGCAUCCAAUUAUGUGUCCUUAGCUGAUUACUCAGUCUUGUUUGGAGAAGAAUUCAAAAUACCUGAUGAUAACUGGGAAACAAAUUAUUUUAACGUCUUGGAUAUUAGUUCCAUAGAAGAAGGAAUUCUACAUGUUCUCUAUGCUUGUGCAUCACAGCCUCUUCUCUGUGCCAAGUUGGCUGAUAGUAGUUCAGACUUUUGGUCUGUUCUACCGCUAAUGCAAGCUCUUCUCCCAGCACUUCGCCCUCCUGUAAACAGCACUUUAGAUCAAGUGGAUGAUAACUUUUUGCAGUGGAAACAGCCAUCUGUGCAGCAUGCUCUAUCUCAGAUUGUAGCAGCAUCAUCUUCAUCAGUGUACCAUCCUCUUCUUCAUUCUUGUGCUGGCUAUUUAUCAUCCUUUUUACCAUCACAUGCAAAGGCAGCAUGUGUUCUAAUUGAUCUGUGUUCUGGGCCACUAGCACCAUGGAUAUCUACUGUGAUAGCAAAGGUUGACCUAGCUAUUGAGAUUUUGGAGGACCUUCUCGGCACAAUCCAGGGGGCUUGCUAUUCUAUUACUCGAGCUCGGGCUGCUCUCAAAUAUUUGAUUUUGGCUUUAUCUGGACAUAUGGAUGAUAUACUUUCUAAAUAUAAGGAAGUAAAGCAUAAGAUACUCUUUCUGGUGGAAAUGUUGGAGCCUUUUCUUGAUCCUGCCAUAACACCAGUGAAAAACACAAUUGCUUUUGGGGAUGUGUCUGCAAUUUUUCUAGAGAAACAAGAACAAACUUGUGCCAUAGCACUCAAUGUAAUCCGUACAGCUGUACAUAAACAUUCGGUUCUUCCAUCGAUGGAAUCUGAAUGGAGGCGUGGAUCAGUGGCUCCAAGUGUACUUCUUGCAAUUUUGGGACCCAACAUGCCAUUGCCACCUGAAAUUGACCUUUGUAAAUGUCCAGUUUCUAAAGCUGCUGAGCAAGAAUCUUUCUCUGUUCAAUCUGUAUCUUCUGUCCCUCGUCUGGGAGGUUCCUCUUCAAAACCUAAUAAUCAAGAUGAAUGUGAUGGGAAGGCUGACCUGUAUGAAGCAUCCAGCAACAUCGAUGCUUUUGAAGACGUAAAUCUUUUGUUUGCUCCUCCAGAGUUGAAAAACAUAUCACUGAGGAAUGUCUCUAACAUUUUUGAAGCAAGUAUUCCCGAGAAAAAUGGCUCAGAAUCUGUUCAUGUUGAUAACAGCAUUGAAGGGAAACAUCUAAUUGAAAAAGGUCCGAACUACCAGUUUCAGAAUGGCCUAAUCAUGGAUGUUGGAUUUUCUAUUGAAUACUUUAACAUGCAGGCAGAUUACCUGCAACUUAUGAACCAUCAUGAGUCUGAACUUAGGGCUUCUGAGUUUCGACGUUUGGCAUUAGACUUGCACUCACAGCAUGAGAUUACCAUGGAGGGACAUGAUGCUGCCAUUGAUGCAUUGCUUUUAGCAGCAGAGUGCUAUGUCAAUCCUUUUUUUAUGACAGCCUUUAGAGGUGUUCCGAAGGUUAUGAACAAGAUGAAUUUUAGUGGUACUACAAUUCCUCAAAAGUAUGAAGUUGAAGAUCUGAGAAGGGUCUCCAAAUGGAAUAAAAAUGACUUGGAAAUUAUAGCUCAACUUGAAAGAAAAAGAGACAAAACUGUGCUGCAAAUACUUCUUGAAGCGGCAGAAUUGGACAAGGAGUAUCAAAUAAAGGUAUCAAAUGGGGAAAGUUGCCCAUAUGAUAUUGCAAAAGAAGAGCGUGGCAUAAAAUUAUCUCCAGAAGAUCUGAAUUCUGCAGAUGCUGUGACAUUGGUUCGACAGAAUCAGGCUUUGCUGUGUAAUUUUCUGAUUUUACGAUUACAGAAAGAGCAAUAUUCUAUGCAUGAAAUCCUCAUGCAAAGCCUGUUAUUUCUGUUGCAUUCGGCCACUGAUCUAUUCUGUCCUCCAGAACAUGUAAUUGACAUCAUACUAGGAUCUGGUGAAUAUCUUAAUGGUCUUCUUACAUCUUUCUAUUAUCAACUUAAAGAGGGUAAUCUCCAGCUGGACCCUGAGAAAAUAUAUGCUGUGCAACGAAGAUGGGUGAUUCUUCAAAGAUUGGUCAUUGCAGCUAGUUCUGGUGAUGAAGGGCAAGACUCAAUAUUCAACUUUAGCAGUGGAUUUCAGUACCGAACUUUGGUUCCACUUUCAUCCUGGAUGCAGAGAAUACCUAAAUUCUCUUCUAGCCCCUACCCUCUUGUUAGGUUCUUGGGGUGGAUGGCAGUAUCUCGUUAUGCAAAAGGUUACCUCAAGGAUCAUCUCUUUUUUGCCUCUGAUCUGUCCCAACUGGCAUGUUUACUAUCUAUUUUUGCUGAUGAAUUUGCACUGGUAGAUAAUGCAGUCUACCAGAAAGAUGAGGCUCUAAGGUCUGAACAUACAAGAGAUGCACAAGAUCAUCCAGUCAAGAUGUUUGAACUUCCUGAUCGGUCAUAUGGUGACAGAUGUUUUCAUGUUCUCUACCCUGACCUGCAUAGGUUCUUCCCCAAUAUGAAAAAGCAAUUUGAAUCUUUUGGGGAGAUUAUUUUAGAGGCUGUUGGCUUGCAACUGAGGUUGCUUCCCUCUAGUAGUGUUCCAGAUCUAUUGUGUUGGUUAUCAGAUGUCUGUUCAUGGCCAUUUUUGGCCACAGUAAAGGACCAAAAUUGCAUUCGAAAUGGUUCUGAUGUUUUAAAAGGUUAUGUUGCUAAGAAUGCCAAGGCAAUCGUACUAUACAUACUUGAAGCUAUUGUAGUUGAGCACAUGGAAGCAAUGGUUCCUGAAAUACCUCAAGUAGUGCAAGUAUUAGUGUCAUUAUGUAAAGCUUCAUAUUGUGAUGUUUCGUUUCUUGAUUCUGUUCUGCGUUUGUUGAAGCCACUUAUAUCAUAUGCCUUAGGAAAGGUAUCUGAUGAUGAAAAACUGUUAACUGAUGAAUCUUCAUGCCUUAAUUUUGAGUCGCUAUGCUUUGACGAGUUUUUCAGUAAUAUCAGACAAAGGGAUGAUUGUCAGGAUGGUUCUAGGGAGAAAAUAUAUCAGGGAGCUCUGUCCAUCUUUAUAUUGGGUGCCAUAUUCACUGAUUUAUCCUUUCACAAGCAGAUGGAAGUUUUGAGAUCUUUAGUUUCAUGGGUUAACUUUACUACUUUUGAGCCAACAUCUUCUUUCUAUGACUAUCUGUGUGCAUUUCAGAAUGUCCUUGAAAGUUGCAAACUUCUUUUAGUUGAUAGCUUAGGAGACUUUGGAAUUCACAUACCAGUUCAGAAGCCUCAAUUUACUGACAUAUGCAAGGCUGAAGUCCAUGCUGAUGACUCGGACUUCUCUUCUUGUCCUGAUAAUGCAACUAAAAUUUCUGAGAAGUUUGACAAUUCCAAGGAUUUAAAUGGUAUUUCACAUAGAAAGGUCUGUGCUUUAUCUUCUGAAGUAGUAGAAAGCUUUUCCAGGGACUUAGAGGGUUUGAUUUCCAAACUUUAUCCAACCAUUGAGCAGUGCUGGAAGCUUCAUUAUCAGCUUGCAAAAAAGCUGAUUGUUACAUCAGCCAAGUGUUUCAUUUACUCAAGAUGUUUGUGCUCCAUUCAAAAAGCUGUUAUUAGUGGAGAGAAUGACAAUGAGGAUCUCAUUGCAAUCAAUUCAAAUGAUCAUUUCUCUAUUCAUUGGAAAGUAGGUCUUGAAGGGCUUGCUGGAGUUGUUGUGACACUUCAAAACAACCAUUGCUGGCAAGUUGCGUCUGUUAUGCUUGAUUACCUACUAGGGUUUCCUCAGUAUUUUUGUCUGGAUAGUGUUCUUGGUACAGUUUGCUCUGCAAUUAAGCAUUUUGCUUCUCAUGCACCAAAAAUCUCAUGGCGCCUCCAGACUGAUAAAUGGUUGUCAAUCUUGUUCACAAGAGGCAUUGGUGGCCUUCGUGAGCAUAAGGAUUCAUUAGUUGAUUUGUUCUGUACAAUGCUUGGUCAUCCAGAACCUGAACAAAGAUCUAUUGCAUUGCUGUACUUGGGAAGACUCGUUGGCCAAGAUGUAGACACUGGAACAGCAACCUUACCAUAUAUAGUCUGCAAUAAAUUGGUUGCAUCUCACCUAGUUACCUCUGUUUCUGAGCCAGUUCUCUCUGUUCUAGUCUCAAAUACAUGGGAAAGGGUAGCUCUGAUUGCAUCUUCUGAUCCAUCCAUGCUUUUGAGGGUUCAUGCAAUGGCACUUCUGGCAGACUAUAUCCCAUUCGCUGAACGCAAUCAGUUGCAGUCCUUUCUUGGUGCAGCUGAUACUGUGCUUUGUGGUUUUGGGAGACUUUCAUAUCCAGUGUUUGAUGGGCCACUAACAUGGCUGUCGUUAGUUCUUCUUGCAAAUGCUUGCCUGUACUCCCCAGAGGAAGAUAUUGCUUUGAUUCCUCAGAGCAUUUGGAAAAAUGUUGAGACAUUAGGAAUGUCAAAAGCAGGAGGAAAGCUUGGGGAAUUGGAGAGGGCAGCCUGCCAAGCACUUUGUAAAUUGAGAACAGAGGAGGAUGGGGCUAAAGAGGCUCUGAAAGCAGUGCUUUCUUCAAGUUCUUCAAGACAAUUUGAUCCUGAGUUUGGAAGUACCCGUGAAGCAAUUCUUCAGGUGCUUGGUAAUCUGACCCAUGUUCAAUCAUAUUUUGGUAUCUUUGCAAAGAAGAUUGACCAAGAGGCAAUUGAGCUAGAAGAGGCUGAAAUAGAGAUGGACCUUCUUCAGAAAGAACAAGCAUUACAAGAAUCAUCUAAAAAUUUUAGGGAGCCGCAUCAAUUACCUCUUUCACCUGUUAAUAUGAAGGAUGGUAACCGUCUUCAGCAAAUUAAAGAUGAAAUCCAUUCCAUAGAGAAAUCAAAACUCAGAGAAGAAAUAGUGGCUCGCAGACAAAAGAAACUUCUUGUAAGACAUGCCCGCCAGAAGUAUUUGGAAGAGGCAGCUUUACGAGAGGCAGAACUUCUGCAAGAACUUGAUAGGGAGAGAACUAGUGAAAUGGAGCGUGAGAUUGAGAGGCAGCGAGCACUGGAGAUUGAGCGUGCAAAAACAAGAGAGCUGCGUCACAAUCUUGACAUGGAGAAGGAAAGGCAAACACAGAGAGAGCUUCAGCGAGAACUAGAGCAGACAGAGUCUGGGAUUCGACCUUCAAGGCGGGAAUUUUCUUCCUCCACAACCAGUAGUCGGCCUAGGGAGAGGUAUCGAGAAAGGGAAAAUGGGAGAUCAGGGAAUGAAGGUGGCAUGAGGCCAAGCAGCAGUGGCCGUGAGAAUCAACCUGCAACUUCUACCAGUGUGUCAUCCAUGCCAACUGUUGUUCUGGCUGGGUCACGACCAUUUUCUGGACAGUUACCAACAAUUCUACAGUCACGAGAUCGUUUAGAUGACCGUGGCAGUAGUUACGAUGAAACUUUUGAUGGAAGUAAGGACUCUGGUGACACAGGUAGUGUUGGUGAUCCAGAUUUGGCAUCCGCCUUUGAUGGACAAUCAGCUGGAUUUGGGCCUGGUCAGAGACAUGGGUCUCGAGGCAGCAAAUCGAGGCAGAUCAUGGAGCGGAGGGAGCGAGAUGGGAGACGUGAAGGAAAAUGGGAGAGAAAGCAUUCGUAAUUCAUGGUCAGGCAAGCUAGGUACCUUGACGUAGAUGUAUAUAUGCCAUGCAGAACAAUUGCACAGGCCUGUGGAUUAAUAGAAUUAUGGAUGCGUGUUGUCUCUCCGGGGAACUCUAUUGCAGGCAUAGGGGAUCAUGGCCACCGGAAGUGGUGAAAAGUUGGAAGCUCAUCUUUCUGUUGUUUCUGUUGUAGUUUGAUUCUGAUGUUCGCUAAUUGAUGAAAUCUCCCACCUCCACUUGUAUCUCUUAAAUUUUAUUUUAUUUUAUUUUUUUUUCUGUAAAGAAUGCUCCAGUUAAACCAUUUGACCCUAUUUCUUUUA